UAAUUUUCAUAAUUGUAUUUACAGUUGUAAAAGACUGAACUCCUCCCAGGGAUUAAACUCGAUUAUUUUCAAAUCCACGCAGUGUGCUCUUGAGACUUUAGGCUCUAAAAGUUGCAUUUUGCCGGAAGAAAUAUUAAACUAUGUGCGUAGGGAGCAAUUUACAAAAAACACCUUUUGAAUGAUUUCGAAGGAAGUUGUGUCAUGUAUGGUAUUUUGAGAGGCUUUUAUUUUGGGAUGGAACAUCAGAAUGUCCUGGUUAUCCAUGAGUGUCACCUUGGGGAUGUGUACUAUCAACCUGAAGUGGAAUGGUCAUGAAAGUAUUGAUUGUUUCCUUUUAAAUCUAAUCUGAAAAUGACUAAAUGUAGUCUGGUGAUUGAGAUAUUGAAGGAAAUUGCCUCAUCUACGCUAGUAGCGAGGACCCGUCCAACGCUGCUUGCAGCUUUAAUUUAAUUUAAUUUAGGAAGAUACAGUUCUCCUCUGCAGCACGAUAUAUUUCUGGCUGAGAGAAGAACAUUUUUCCGGUUAUAUAUUCUAUUAUAAAAUGUAUGUCGGUAGAUAUUCGAGUGAAUUAUGCCUCAGUCCUGAAUAAAUGAAACCCACGCCGACCCGCACUGCAUGAUGGGAUACGCUGAGCCCGAGAGGAUAGAUCCGAUGUGUCCUCCGAAUCGUCUCCUGCAGGGCUGCGUCCCUCGACCGCAUUCGGAGGAGCCGACAGACAGGCAAGUCGCAGCGGAAGUGACGUAUGCGGUCGACGAAUGCGUCCUUAAGGAUGCACCCUGGCGACUUUGAGACACAGCUUUUGCCUCCACCACGACAAUAGCCCACUUUUAUUCCUGUAUUUAUAAACCGCCAACAUGGAGGCUCUCAUCCCCGUGAUAAACAAGCUCCAAGAUGUUUUCAACACAGUGGGAGCGGAUGUCAUACAGCUCCCGCAGAUCGCAGUAGUCGGGACUCAGAGCAGUGGCAAGAGCUCAGUGCUGGAGAGCCUGGUGGGCAGGGACCUGCUGCCCCGUGGGACCGGUGUGGUAACCAGGCGACCCCUCAUCCUCCAACUGGUCCAUGUUGAUCCGGGAGAUGGAAGGAAAAACGAUGAUGGUGGCAACGAAGGGGAAGAGUGGGGCAAAUUUUUGCAUACAAAAAGCCAGAUCUACACAGAUUUUGAAGAAAUCAGGCAGGAAAUUGAAAAUGAAACGGAGCGGAUAUCUGGGAAUAAUAAGGGGAUCAGCGACGAUCCUAUUCAUCUGAAGAUAUUCUCCCCAAACGUUGUCAACCUCACUCUGGUGGAUCUGCCUGGAAUCACUAAGGUGCCCGUGGGAGAUCAACCUCAGGACAUUGAGGUUCAGAUCAAGGAUCUAAUCCUGAAGCACAUCUCAAACCCCAACUGCAUCAUCCUGGCUGUCACUGCGGCCAAUACGGACAUGGCCACCUCGGAGGCGCUCAAGGUGGCGCGGGAGGUCGACCCCGACGGCAGAAGGACCCUGGCUGUGGUUACUAAGCUGGACCUGAUGGACGCCGGCACUGAUGCAAUGGACGUGCUGAUGGGCAGAGUCAUUCCUGUCAAACUAGGCCUCAUUGGAGUCGUCAACAGGAGCCAGCUGGACAUCAACAAUAAGAAGUCUGUGACCGAUGCCAUUCGAGAUGAACAUGCUUUCCUGCAGAAGAAAUAUCCGUCUCUUGCCAACAGAAACGGGACCAAAUACCUGGCUAGAACCCUUAAUAGGCUACUGAUGCAUCACAUCAGAGACUGUCUCCCCGACCUGAAGACACGGAUCAACGUCCUGGCGGCGCAGUACCAGUCCCUGCUCAGCAGCUACGGCGAACCCGUGGAAGACCAAAGCGCCACCUUGCUCCAGCUCAUCACCAAGUUCGCCACGGAAUACUGCAACACCAUAGAGGGCACGGCCAAAUACAUUGAGACGGCCGAGCUGUGUGGCGGAGCCAGAAUUUGUUACAUCUUCCACGAGACGUUUGGCAGAACUUUGGAGUGUGUGGAUCCUCUGGGAGGACUCAGCACCAUAGACAUCCUCACAGCCAUAAGAAACGCGACAGGUCCGCGUCCGUCCCUGUUUGUGCCCGAGGUUUCCUUCGAGCUGCUGGUGAAGAAGCAGGUGAAACGCCUGGAGGAGCCCAGUUUGCGGUGCGUGGAGCUGGUCCACGAGGAGAUGCAGAGGAUCAUCCAGCACUGCAGCAACUACAGCACGCAGGAGCUGCAGAGAUUCCCUAAGCUGCACGAGGCCAUUGUGGAAGUGGUCACCUCGCUCUUGAGGAAGAGGCUGCCCAUCACUAACGAAAUGGUGCAUAACUUGGUUGCAAUAGAGCUGGCCUACAUCAACACCAAGCACCCAGACUUUGCAGACGCCUGUGGGGUCAUGAAUAACAACAUAGAGGAGCAAAGGAGAAACCGAAUGAGAGAGCUGCCCGCUGCAGUGCCGAGGGACAAGUCUGUUGGCAAAGGCCCGUCUGGCCCAACUGGGGCUUCUGGCGAGCUCCCUGCGUCUGGAGCAGACAUGGACGGUGCCAAGGCCCCAGCAGCAGGGCCCCAGGGGGAGCAGGACGGCACGGGGAACUGGAGGGGAAUGCUGAAGAAAGGAGAGGAGGCCCCUGGCUCCAGACCUGGAAGCCCCCUUAGAGGGGUUGUUAACCUGCUUGAUGUGCCUGCGCCAGUUGCCAGGAAGUUGUCAUCCCGUGAGCAGCGGGACUGUGAGGUCAUCGAGCGCCUCAUCAAGUCUUACUUCCUCAUCGUUCGUAAGAACAUCCAGGACAGUGUGCCCAAGGCAGUCAUGCACUUCCUGGUCAACCAUGUGAAGGACAGCCUCCAGAGUGAGCUUGUUGGCCAGCUGUAUAAAUCUGGCCUCCUUAACGAUCUACUGACUGAAUCGGAGGACAUGGCCCAGCGGCGCAAGGAGGCCGCCGACAUGCUACAGGCUUUGCAAAAGGCCAGCCAGGUUAUCGCUGAGAUCAGAGAAACACAUCUGUGGUGAAAAAUCCCUAAAGGGAGCUGAACGUUAUCUCUUACUGCCUCAUCAUACCUGAAGGGCCGAGGCGCCGUGUCUGAAAUGUUCUGGUUCCUGCUUGAAGUAGGUAUCCUAAUGGACCAGAAGCUCCCUGAAAUAAAUGUCAGUUCAUGGUUUUAUUUAAUAUAGUUGGUGUUGAUUAUAUGGCCAUUGCACUGUUAAGGAUAUUUUAGAAACUAUAGUUGCCACCCAUAACUUUACUGGUUAUUCUAAACAUUAUGGAAAAGGACAUCUGUGACAGCUCCAGGUUAUAAGAAAUCCACAUCUCUUAUCAGUGGCCAUGUGUCAAACUAAAUGUCAAUUAUGUCUCUCGCCGGUUCACCUCAUUUUUUUCACUCUAUUGUACAGAAGUUUUAUUUAUGUUUACAUAUUACUGCCUAAGUCUAAUGUGGUUGUGUAAAGUUGCCAGAAUAAAUGAAGGUGUUUUGGA